AUGGUCACACACGUACUCUUCGAGUCGUCCUCUGGGUAUGCCAUCUUUGAGGCCAAGCUUACGGAGGACAUUGGCUCCAGGUCCUCAGCGGUCCAAGAGUCGAUAAAGGAUUUGGCAAAGUUUGGGAAAAUGGUGUCGUUGAUGAGCUUUUCGCCGUUCAAAAGCGCUGCCCAAGCAUUGGAGAAUAUCAACGACGUUUCUGAGGGUAUCAUGAACGACUACCUCAAAAAUUUGCUCGAGUUGAACCUCUCUAAAACCUCGAAGAAGUCGCGCGUGACGUUGGCCGUCGCAGACUCGCUGCUCGGAAAGAGCAUCAAGGAAGUUCUCGGCUUCAACAUUGACACCUCGGAAAAAGCUCAAGACCUUAUUCGUGGAAUCCGACUCCACGCCGAUAAGCUGCUGAAGGGUCUUCAGACAGAUGACCUCAAAAAGGCCCAACUCGGCCUGGGUCACUCCUACUCGCGCGCAAAGCUAAAGUUUAACGUGAACCGGAUAGACAACAUGAUCAUUCAGGCUAUUGCGUUGCUGGACCAACUCGACAAGGACGUCAACUUGUUCUCGAUGCGCAUUCGGGAGUGGUACGGCUAUCAUUUCCCAGAGCUCGUCCGCCUUGUGCCAGACAACCAUCAGUAUGCUCGCGUUGCGCAUUUUAUUGGAGAUAAAGAUAAGCUGGACGAGGACAAACUUCCAGACCUCGCUGCCAUUCUGGACGACGAUUCAACACUAGCUCAAAACAUUCUUGACGCUGCCCGUGGUUCCAUGGGAUCGUCACUAUCCGAAAUCGACAUGCUUAACAUCCAUUCCUUCGCCAAUCGUGUGGUUUCCAUCUCGGACUACCGUAAAUCACUCGUGUCAUAUCUUGCAGAGAAGAUGAACCUUGUCGCACCUAGUUUAACAGCGCUUCUUGGAGAGAGGAUUGGUGCACGUCUAAUUAGCCACGCGGGAAGCUUAACAAACUUGAGCAAAUACCCUGCGAGUACUGUGCAAAUUCUUGGAGCGGAGAAGGCGCUGUUCAGAGCACUUAAGACAAAAGGGAAUACUCCUAAGUACGGUCUCCUCUACCACUCUUCCUUCAUAGGCCGAGCCGGGCCAAAGCACAAGGGUCGAAUUUCCCGAUUCCUGGCCAACAAAUGCUCAAUAGCGUCAAGGAUAGAUUGUUAUUCUGAUAACCCCACAUCCAAAUUCGGCGAAGCUCUCCGCGCACAAGUGGAAGAACGUUUGCAAUUCUUCGAAAACGGAGAACCACCUACCAAAAAUGCCGACGUCAUUCGCAAAGUUUUGGACGACCUCGCUCUUGAAGAAGGGGAUGAUGAUGACGUUGACAUGGAUGGUCCUGCCUUGACAACUUUGGAAGCCACUGCCCCAACACCAAAGAAGGAUAAGAAGAAGAAAAGGAAGAGCGAUGAUAUGGAUAAAAAGGAGAAGAAAGAGAAAAAGGAAAAGAAAGAGAAGAAGAAGAGCAAGGAAUGA